AUGUCAAUAACAGCGGCAAGUUACGAGCGAAUAUCCAACAAAUACGAACCACCUUCGAAAGGGAUAGUUGACAUCUAUUCUCAAAAGGGCUUUGUGUUGGAUAACAACGGUAAUUCACGGUGUGUACAAUCGAUCGUUGAGUUACCCGUUCAAUUACCACCUUCACCAGCCGAUAGUGACAUGAUGGAUCUUAGUCCGCCAUCCUCAUCGGCCUCCCCAAUCAUUCUUGAAGGUCAACGAAUUACUAGAGAUAUUUCACGCGGUACUCCUGGCGAUAUGCAGAAAUCGAGUGUGUCAAAAUCACCAGAGCAAAGGCAGUUGGCAAUGAAGAGAAGUCAGUAUUAUGGUGAUGCGUUUGCAUAUCGAGAAUCGGCGGGCAGUGCGAGAGAAAGAGUGAGCAGGGAUAGCAUGGUUCUCUGUGAACUGGUAACAAAUGUUAUUAUGCGUGAAGAACAUACCCUUCUCACAAGUCUCUCUAAUCUUCUCUCGACUCGCUAUCAGCGUCCCGAAUCCUCCAUUUUCGUCACUCUCAAGCACUCGGCAUGCUUCAUCGUAGCUGGAACUUUCGAACCUGCAUAUAUUAUGACGAUAACUGGGCUUCCAUCACAAAUGCAGCCAACAACGAACAAGAGAAAUGCAUCGUUACUCCAAAAUUAUAUGGCCACAACUGAAUUAUAUGUUGAGCCAGAGCGUGGUAUUAUUAAAUUUGUGCCAUUGGCCGAGGAGAAUUUCGCAACAAAGGGGAAGACUGUUGCUGGUGAGAUAGAAGAACUGGAACGAGAAGUUGCAAGUGAGGCCUCGGGAUUCCGCAACUUACAUUCGUCGGGAAGUGUCAAGAGUAAGAGACAAGCUGCAAAGUCCUCCAAGAGUCAAAAAUCCAGGCAUUUACAAACCCAUGAAGAAUAUACCCCAUCCGUCAGUUCGAGGGCAACACCACCAUUACCGUCUAUGCCAACUAAUGAUAAUGCAUUGGAUAGCAAGUCGUUGAACGUGCGGAAGUUGGGGAGAAGAAAAAGUUUUAUGGCUGCAGUUUUUGGAAGCAAGUCCAAGUCUUGA